AUGGCUCUCGUCACUCUGGCACUGGCCGUCACGGCCAUUUUAGUGGUAAAAUACAUUGAAGCAUCGCGGCAAGAGAGAAGGUCCGCGACGAGGAAGCUUCCAGGCCCGAGAGGUCUACCGCUGAUCGGAAAUAUCCAUCAACUACCGAAUAAGUGCAGCUGGCUCAAAUUUCACGAGUGGGCCGUCAAGUACGGUCCCAUCUAUCAGGUCAACCUCGCAGGCACAAAUCACGUAUGGAUCUCUCGCGACAAAGAAGCGCAUGAUCUUCUUUCGAAGCGCAGUGCCAUAUACUCUGAUCGACCGUUCAUUCCGGCAUUGGAACAUGACAAUCGGACAUCUGGACAAUACCUGCCGCUCAUGAGCAAGAAUGCUCUCUGGUCUCGACAGCGCAGGUUCGCCAAGCAAAUAAUGGAAAGAUCUCAGAAGGAUGGUUUCUACUCCUACCCUGAGCUUGAAGCGAUUCGUCUAUUGUUCGAAUUGAUCAACGAUCCUUCGGCAUAUAACACGUCGAUGGAAUCAUUUGUCGCAAGGGUCACAAGUCGACUGGCUUGGGGGACAUCAGUGGGAGCGGACGAGCUUAAGCAACGUGCUCGUGAGUUGCUUAUUGGUGUCUCUCCUACUGGUGCCCUUGGGAACAAGCUACCAGCUGUGAUGUCGCUUCCUGAGAGUCUCUCGCCCGCCAAAGCCUGGGAACAUCGACGCGGCAGAACUGAGCGCAAGUUCUUCCAGACUAUGCAAGAUAACGUCCGUCAUAGCCUGGACGCUACGGAGCAACUAAGAAUGUCAUGGACACGCAUGUUUCUGGAGAACAAACGUUUGUGGGGCUUUUCAGACGACCUGGAAGGCGCCUUUGCAGUAGGCAUGCAUGGAAUUGCCGGCGCACUGACCAUUGCGGCUCCCAUGCAAAGCUUCUGCCUUGCCCUAUGCCAUUUUCCUCAGCAUCAAGCAAUGCUUCACGAGGAAGUCGAUCGUGUGCUUGGAGACCGCUUACCCACCACAGCUGAUAUGCCGAAAAUGCCAGUGCUUAGGGCAUUCAUUCGAGAGACUCUACGCUGGCGUCCUCCCGUCCCAACUGGCAUCCCUCACGCUCUGACCGACGAUGAUAUUUACAAGGGCUAUCAUAUCCCCAAGGGAUCAGUCAUUCAUCCUCUCGAAUGGUCGAUUUCUCGGGACCCAGAAGUGUUCCCGGAUGCAGAUACCUGGAAUCCGCUCCGAUGGCUCGACUCGGAAUAUCCUACAUAUCAAGAGCCGCUCACGCAAUUUCCAACAAUCACGCAGUAUUCACAGUUCGGAUACGGACGUCGCAUCUGCCAAGGCAUGGGAGUUGCUGAAGCUGAUCUGUUCGUUGGGCUUGGCAGUGUCGCUUGGCUCUUCUCGAUAUCGAAGGAACAGGAACAGGAACCCGGCCCAGCUUACGUCGACAAUGACCCUACUCUCAACUUCUCCACCUUACUGAUCGCGAAGCCUCUGCCUUUCAAAUUCGACUUGCGUGUCCGGAACCAGGCGCGUGCUGAGCAGGUGACCAGAGCUUUCUUGGAGCAGAAGGAGAAAGGUGAAUUUGAAGAAGAGAGAGUCUUCUGGAAGAAUAAUAACCAGGGUGAUGCUGAAGUUGGGUAA